AUGAAGUCCUCUGCCCUCUUGCCGCUGCUAUCCUCCGGGGUCUUGGCACACUACUUCUUCCCGAACACAGUUGUCAACGGCGUCCAGUCCGCCGAGUGGGAGUUCAUCCGUGAAACGAACAACAACCCCGGCGCCGAGCCCGUAGAAGACCUAUCGUCCACGUUCCUCCGCUGUUUCGAGAAACCCGGGCGCCCGCCCUCGGCUGUCCUCCCGGUCACAGCUGGCUCAACUGUUGGCUUUACAUCCAGCAACAGCAUGGGUCACCCAGGACCCGUUCUCUUCUACAUGGCGCGCGUGCCUGACGGGGAGGACGUCACGACCUGGGACCCCGUCGGUGACGUGUGGUUCAAGAUUGACCAGCACGGCGACCUCGGCGGCCCAUAUCCCGCCUUCGAGACGGAAAUGCGAGAGAUAUCGACGACCAUCCCCAAGACGCUGCCCAACGGCGACUACCUGCUGAGGGCGGAGCACAUUGGUCUGCACGCCUACGGGACGCCCCAGUUCUACAUCGCGUGCGCGCAAGUCGAGGUUUCCGGCGGGGGCAACGGGACACCGGGGCCGCUGGUCGCGUUCCCCGGCGAGUAUUCAAAGGAGGAUCCAGGUCUGGCUGUCAACAUUUACGCCGCAAGCCAGCGUUAUGAAUACCCAGGGCCGGAGGUGUGGUCGGGAUGA